AUGGCAGCAACAGACAGCCCGGCAUCGGGCAACGAGAAGCUCCCAUCCUUCUACUCCCCCAAAGCUUCCACAUCCGACGCCAAUUCCCUCGGCGAACCGACAUCUCAGCCGCUCUCGGAGGCACCAACAACGAACGAUGAAUCAUCAUCCACAGAGGGCCAGCUGCCCCUCCCAUCUCUGCUCUCCCCCGCCGUGACUCCUCCGUUGACUCCCGGCGGUAGCAUCCAUGCAUCGGCAGCAGCAUCGUUGAACGAAUCGGGGCCCCGCGGUAUCCCCGUUGAUAGCACCACAUCCACGGGCGGGUGUGGUUCGAAGCGACCUAGACUUCUCGAGACGCUCCCCGAGGUGGAGUGCGCCGUCCGGGCCCGCAUUCCUACCGUCAACGGCGGCGAAAUGUUCCUCCACCUGUACACCAACAACGUCGACAACAAGGAGCACCUGGCCAUUGUGUUUGGCGACCACAUCCGCAGCAAGAGUCUUGACGCUCCGCGCGAGGGAGAGUCAGAAAUGGACCGCAUGAUUCGCGGCGCAUACACAGGUACCCUUUACCCCGGCCGCCUGGCCAGCCUUCCCGAUGGACCUUCUACCCCGCAACCCAGAAACGAAGUGCCCCUCGUGCGCAUACACUCCGAGUGCUACACCGGCGAGACGGCCUGGUCUGCCCGCUGCGACUGCGGAGAGCAGCUGGACGAGGCUGCACGCCUCAUGAGCCUGCCUAACUCGGGCGGUGGCGCAAUUGUGUACCUCCGCCAGGAGGGUCGUGGCAUCGGUCUCUCGGAGAAGCUCAAGGCCUACAACCUGCAGGAUCUGGGCAAUGAUACUGUACAGGCCAACUUGUACCUUAGACACCCUGCCGACGCUAGGAGCUACGGCCUCGCCACCGCUAUCCUUCAGGAUCUUGGUCUGUCCGAGAUUCGGUUGCUCACCAACAACCCCGACAAAAUUCGCGCCAUUGAGGGACCCAACCGCGAGGUUGUCGUCAAGGAGCGUGUUGCCAUGGUUCCUCUGUCUUGGCAGGGCUCGGGAGGCUUCAAGAGCCGCGAGGUCGAGGGAUAUCUCAAGACCAAGAUCCCACUCCCCCCUUCAACUGCGGAAUAA